AGGCGGGAGCCAGAGCUGCCCAAUGGCACGGGGAAGGUUCAAGUGAGGGAGGUGGAGAGAAGGAGCAAGCUCAACGUCGAGGACCUGAACAGGAUCGAGGAUGAGGAUGUUCUGGAUAAGAUGCUGGAUCGGACAACAGACUUUGAGGAGAGGCGACUGAUCCGAAACGCCAUGCGGGAGCUGCGCCAGCGCAAGCGAGCACAGAGCACCCAGUCGGCCGACGGCUCGGCACGCAGCACCGUCACCAAGACUGAGCAUCUCCUUCAGUCUAGUGAUGGCACCAAGACCUCCCGUACCACAACGAUGGAGUCGAGUUACGUGAAGAGAUCAGACAGUAAGAGUUUCUGCUGCCCUUUCCCCACAGUCUCCUCUUCCAAGAAGACGGGCAGCAUCUUUGACCGCGAAGACGAGAGUGCCUCCCGGCAGAGCAGCCUGGCUGCGCUGGAGCGGCGCCAGGCUGAGAAGAAGAAGGAGCUGAUGAAAGCUCAGAGCCUGCCGAAGACAUCGGCCUCACAGGCUCGCAAGGCCAUGAUGGAGAAGCUGCAGAAGGAGGGCGGGAGCUCGCCGAACCCCGUGGCAGCACGCACGGCCGUGCAGCGCUCCUCCAGCUUUGGCGUGACCAACGCCAACAGCAUCAAGCAGAUGUUGCUGGACUGGUGCAGAGCCAAGACCAGGGGCUACGAGCACGUGGACAUCCAGAACUUCUCAUCCAGCUGGAGCGAUGGCAUGGCCUUUUGUGCCUUGGUGCACAACUUCUUCCCUGAGGCGUUUGACUACAGCCAGCUGACACCCCAGAACCGCCGCCACAACUUCGAGGUGGCCUUCUCCUCUGCAGA